AUGGGCGGCAAGAAGAGGGUAGCGGAGCAGUUCGUCGCCACCACCGGCAGCCUCAAGGAGGGGCUCCAAGGGCAUGGGCUCAACCUGGCGGACAAGACAAUCACCUUCACCACGGACUUCAACGUCACGCGAGACGUGAUGAUAGAGCUCAGCAGGCGCGGGGUGAAGGUCAAAGCAGUCACUGAAGGGCGAGACCUUGGAUGCGACCGAGCUGAGCGGGGCGCGACACGGAGACAGGCGCACGCUGAGAGGGGGAGAGAUGCAAGCCAGACGUUCGGCGCGGUCGGCUACAAGCUCCGAAAGAUGAAACUCAAGAGGAGCAAAGAAGAUGCAAGCCAGAGCCCCGUGGCCUCCCUCAUGUACGGGGCCACCGUGCACGGGGCCUGGCCAGGCAAGUGCCUCACGACCUUCCUGGCGCUCGAGGGCAGCGACCCCGCGAUAUUUACCACGAGGAACCAGCUGAAGGAGCGGUUCGACCUGUGGUCCAAGAGCCCGGACCUCUGGCUGGGCGCAGACGGCAACCAGCGGAGGCUCCCAGAGGACGAGGCAGGCGGCGACCCCGCGGGCAUCACAUAUGCGCUGCGGACGGACCUCCAGGGACAGACGUGGGAGCAGGCGGCUCAGCACCUCAACGGCAGGGGCGCUGAAGCAGGAGUGGACACCACGGACUUGGCCAAGCACCUGGAGUACCUCAGGACGCGGGGGAAGCACCAGGAGCCUGGGGAGUGCGACGACCUCUGCGAGCGCGGCACGAAGGAGGACGACUUCCACCGCACCUGCGGCAACUGCACGGCGAGGAGGACACAACACAUCACGGACAAGACGACGGGGCUCGUGACAAGGGCCGGGAGAGGAGCCGAGGAGGUGCCAGCGUUCUGGCAGAGAGGGCUCACGCCCAAAGCCUGGACAGUACCACCGACAUGCGAGACCACAGAGCAAGAAUCCCUGAUCGGGCUGAGCGCUCAAGAAGAUAGACUCAGGGCACCCGAGGGAGACACUCUCACGGCAAGCGGAGACGGCUCGGAAGGCGAGUACACCAACGACGGCCGCUACAGAAGAUGCGGCGGAGGAUGGGCAAUACUCGACACGCAGGGAAGAACGCGAAGCUUUGAGGUGAAGACAGCAAAGUUCGGACCGCUACCAGGAGCGAAGCAAAGCAACAACAGAGCAGAGCUGUGGGCCGUCACCAGCUGCCUGGAGGCCACCAGCGGGAAGCUGCACUACUGGACGGACAGCAAGGUCACCCUGCGUCGGAAGUAA